AUGCUUGCUUUCAUACUCGCCUCCCGCUUUCUUUUCUUUCUUGCAGUCAUAUCAGUGGUUAUUGCAGCGCCCAUUCCUAGAAAUCUUCGGAACUCCCGCUUGAUGAUGAAUCGUGAUGAUUCAGACUCGGAGUCGGAUUCUAGCUCAGGCUCUGACUCCGAUUCAAGCUCAAGCUCAAACACCGACAACACCAGUAUUGAUAACGACAGCACUAGCACUAGUGGUGUCUCCUUUGUCGCAGACUCGUCUAUCGACGUCGCCGCGGUUCUUCAAUUAGUUAAAUCUGUCACAUCUAAUCCCGUAUCCGGAGCAAAUUAUGGUACGGGACACGAUGAUAACAAGGCGCAGAUUUAUGAAUUGGACGUGGACAGCUCGGCGGGUGGCUCGGUCUAUGCUUUCGAAGCAGAUAUGGAUGUUGAUUGCGAUGGUACUGAUUAUCAGUGUCAGGGAAACGAUGACGGGCAAUCAGAAACUAGUUAUGGGGCGCUUUCCGCGAAGAGAGUACCCUUCUACGUCCUGCCACAGUCAUUCGUAGAUCAGCAGAAUAUCAAAGGAAACUCUCUCGGGGCCAUCAUCUGCAACAACAAGAUGUUCUAUGCCAUCAUGGGUGAUACAAAUGGCGACUCUCCUGAAGUUAUCGGAGAAGCCUCCUGGCUAAUGGCUCGAACGUGUUUUCCUGCUGAUGAUCUGAACGGAGCUAAAGGACAUGAUCAGUCUGAUGUUACAUACAUCGUCUUUGGCUCCCUAGUUCCAGGCGGUAUUAGCGAAGAUACAUCUACAAUUGACGUCGCUUCGUUGAAGGCGCUUGGGGAUAAAACAAUGAAGGCUUUCAAGCUCAAUAGCUGA